AUGGCAUCCAUGAUCAAAGGUUAGAAACGUAAAGUUAAGACACUAAUGAACAAUAUAUACUAUACCAAUGGAGUUAAGAACUAUAUAAACCAAGAACUAUCGGAACGUCGUCGAAUUUAAGAUUGUCCUGUGCUGGUGACCUUGCAAGUUUAAGAACGUUCGUAGAAGAUAACCUUAAAUUACAAGGAACUUGGUCAUCACCAGCAGGCGAAAAGAAAGUAUUUGUAACAGAGAAUCUUAAAAUUCUAUGGUUUAAGAAUAAGAAGUUUCUUACAAUCGAAGGAGAAGAUGCAAACAAGAUUAUUAAAUAUUUGACGGGUACUAUGUGUACUAGUAAUGAUGUAGAUAAUGUAAAUGCAAUUGGGAACAAAGCGACGAAUGCCGUGGACUGUAGCGAUGAAACCCCGGCAGAGAAUCAUCAUUCUUCGGCUUGUGUAUGUUCGGAAUUGUCGCCGGAAUUGGAUUUAGUUAUCUUGGAAUCGAAGUUCGGCCAUAAAAUCCAGGCUAUUGAGGAAAAACUUCUACGUAUGAAUGAAUACCAUUAUGGUAAUUCUACUGAGAAAGCAUUAUCAAUGGAAACAAUAGUUAUUAACGACAGCGGAAACAAUGCGAAGGAGUUGAGUGAGUAUGGUCAUUUCAAUAAGAAUGCCUCAACAUUAACUUAA